UUUGAAUCUGCAGACGGCAAGGUACCUCUCGAUGCAGAUUCGAAAGUUGGCACUCGCAUACCCCCAGGUGAUAUCUCAUAGGUGGCUUCCGAAGCUUAUCCCCUACUUCUGCUUCGGCUUGUUCUCCAAGAAGCUUGCGCCUCUGUGGGAUGAUUCAGCUGAAGCCUUGAAGACUAUGAGUGAACAUGCCGUGGGAGAGGCUAUUAUUGCGGACAUGGCAAUCGGAUGGCUGCAGGAACCUGGCAGCCCUCUCUCCAGCGAAGACCAAGAUGACGACAACUAUUUCCGCGCGACGGAGUUCCAGUGCUUCAACGUUUUAAAAAUGGAGAAAUACAUUGCUUCCACAUUCCGACGGCCGGAAAAUGCGGCAGCAAUGCUACUGCACGAAUUCGAACAGAAACAUAACCCUUCAGCUAUCAUCCCGACCUGGCCUAGGUCUCAUGCUCUGCGCGUCCUCAAUGCCGCUCCUCAAAUUGCAGAGAAACGCUCUCGCCAGAUAGUCCCAAUGUUUCUAUCAUGGGCUUCUCAUGACGAGGAUACUGUUACUCCUGAAGAAGGCUCCACCGUCACGCCUGAUGGUCAGACCCAACCUCCUUGGGGCUUCAAGGAUCGAAUGGCGCUUCUGGCACUCUUUGGAAAGUUUAUAAACCCCAAAGUACUGUACAAGGAGUCAGAAGUUCAUGGCGCUCUUCGCAACCUCCUUUCCAAUGGUGACUCUGAGAUACAGAAGUCUGCCCUGAAAGCCCUGUUCACCUGGAAGUCUCCCCAUAUCCUUCCUUACCAGGAAAAUCUCCUUAACAUACUUGACGAGUCUAGGUUCAGAGAGGAGCUUGCUGUCUUCGUACACGUUGGCAGGGAGGACAGUGUGAUCGAAGACGAGCACAGAGCUGAGCUGCUUCCGGUCCUAUUGAGGCUCCUUUACGGUCGAAUGGUCUCACGAGUAGCCCAGCAUGGCGGUCAAGGUGGGCAGGCUGGUCGGAGGAAAGCGAUUCUGCGGACGCUGUCACAACUCUCUGACAAGGACUUUGAUCUCUUCGUACAAAUAGCAUUCGGUGUUCUGGGUGAGCAUCACCUCGUGGAAGAAGGCCAUGUCCAGGAGCAACGGCUAGCGAAUGAACUUGUCAGCCCAAGGAAGCAGAUGGGUCUUUUGAGGAUGAUUGAGACCAUGUUCGAUACCCUUCAGAGUCGAAUGCUUCCGUACACUGAACGAUCGAUGGACGUCGUUGUCUAUUGCCUCGUUCGAGCUUGUCGAGCCCUCAAGGAUGACCCGACAGCAGAUGUCGCUGACUCCCAGCUUGGGAACCUAGCUAAUGUGGUCCGUGGAAUUCGUCAACUCGCUAUCCGUUGUCUUGACUUGAUAUUCUCUGUAUCGCCUGACACGGAUUGGUCACAAUACCUCCCUACCAUUUUUGACGAAGUGAUCAACCCGAGACUUGAUAACUUCGCCAUUGAGACAGCACAAGGCGUCUCCGGUCUCCUUCGCCUAUUCCAUACUUGGGCGUCUUCCCCCAAAUCUGCGUUCUACCUUGUUCGGUACAACAACGCCCUUCUUUCCAAAAUAGUUGAUUGUUUGGGAGUGGAAUCCGCUCGUGAUGAAGUGAAGAUCUUCGUAAUGGACCAGAUUAUAGUACCACUGGUCGGGUUGUCCACUGGCAAGUCCAUUGAAGAGAAGGAAGAAAUGGGAGAUGUGCCGCCAGAGCAAAUCCGUUCAGAAGUCCUUGCACCAUAUGUUGACUCAACUCUGUCUCACCUUGGGAAUCUUCUGAAGCACAAUCCUUCCCGCCCGCUCAUGGUUUCUGGCGUCGAGACGUUGUCACUUCUUGCACCAUGCGUUGAGUCUUCACGAGAGACUUCGAGCCUCAUCAGUAUUGCUACCUUUCUCCUUCGACAGCCGCCUGAUCGUGUUUCUCCAAAAACGAAAUCGGGCCUUCUUCGCAUACUCCAGCACUUCUUGCCGCUGUACGAUCCUCAGGGCGAUGUAGCGCUUACGACACAAGUAUUCGAAGCUAUCUCAUCAAUGUUCGAUUAUUUCAAGGAUGAUCAGAACAGGGAAGUGCUUUCUAAAGUUUUUGCCGCAUUUGCAAGCCAUGACUCGGAGCUACAGGAGGUCGCCUCUCUAUGCUCUGAUCUCAAUGCUGUAUCCGCCCAGAGACUUGAUGAAGUCGAUUACGAACGACGUCUCCAAGCCUUCACAAGAAUCAACGAGGACUUGUGGAAUGGCUUCAAUGCUAAGCAGUGGCGACCUCUGCUGUUUAACAUGCUCUUUCACAUUAAAGAUGAGGAUGAGCUUGCGAUAAGGUCAAGCGCCUCUUACGGGUUGAGACGAUUCGUGGAAAAAGCUGCACUAGGAUCGGAGAACAAUGAUGCAGAGUUCGAUUCGCUUGUCAUGACUGUCUUACUGCCCACUUUGCGGAAUGGAGUCAAACACAAAUCAGAGAUGAUUCGGGCCGAAUUCGUCACCAGCCUGGGGUAUUUCAUCAAGUUGAACCCUACAAUGCCAGCGGUUCAGGAUAUGCACGUGCUACUUGUUAGUGAUGAUGAGGAGGCCUCUUUCUUCAACAACAUUCUCCAUAUCCAACAGCAUCGUCGUACGCGUGCAUUGCGUCGACUAGCUGGAGAAGCGGCUAAAGGGAAAAUCCAGGCGUCCAACAUCAGCACUAUCUUCAUGCCUCUUAUCGAGCACUAUAUUUUUGACCAGGCUGAAGAUGAGAACGCACACAACUUGACCGCUGAGGCAGUUAGCACAAUCGGUACACUCGCAGAGUGGCUGGAAUGGGUCCAAUUCAGAGCUAUAUUCCGACGCUAUCGAGCUUACAUGGAAAGCAAAUCGGAAACAGAAAAGAAUGUCAUUAGGCUCCUCGGACGGAUGGCGGAUGCACUAUCCCAUUCGAUGGACCAGGCCAGAGCAUCCCAGGAUGUGGGCGACGCAGAAAUGGAGGAUAUGGAUCCUUCUGUACCAUCGAAGACCACCCUUGCUAAGGCGUUGCCAUCUGGUGCGAAAGUGGCAACAGAACUUACAUCGCACUUUAUCCCCUUCCUGACUAAAUAUAUCCACCACAAGGAUGAGGCCGAGGUCAGCUUGCGGUUACCGGUUGCAGUGACUACUGUCAAGCUUAUCAAGCUUCUUCCGGAGGACGACCAGGUUAUUCGUCUGCCCGCGGUGCUCUUGGAUGUAUGCAAUGUCCUCCGCAGCCGUUCGCAAGAGUCCCGAGAUAUUGCUAGAAGGACUCUAGCGGACAUUGCACUCAUUCUUGGGCCUUCGCACUUUGGGUACAUCUUGAGAGAGUUACGCAGUGCCUUAACUAGAGGAUAUCAGCUACACGUACUCUCAUUCACGCUCCACUCGAUUCUCGUUACUACCACCGAUGACUUCAAGCAGGGCGACCUUGACCAUUGUCUUGGCGAAAUGGUGUCAGUGGUCAUGGAUGAUAUCUUCGGUACCACCGGUCAAGAGAAGGAGGCCGAAGAAUAUAUCAGCAAAAUGAAAGAGGUCAAGAGCAGCAAGAGCUAUGACUCGAUGGAGCUUCUAGCCAAAAAUGCUACUGUCAGACAUCUGGCACACCUUAUACGUCCACUCCAGGGCUUGUUACGAGAAAAGCUUACUUCAAACAUCAUGAAAAAAGUUGAUGAACUCCUGAGACGAAUUGGAGUUGGUCUUCUGAGAAACCCUGAAGCCGAGAGUCGCGACCUGCUAGUUUUCUGUUACGAAGUCAUCAAGGAGUCAUACGAAGACCCUAAAACAACGGCGCCCGAAUCCACUAUACCCGCCUCUCGCUUGCGUUUCUUAGUGAAUCUCCCUGCGAAGAAGGGUGAAAAACGGGGCUCGACAACAUCGUACGUGUACAAGUUGGCGCGGUUUUCACUUGACGUUCUUCGGUCGAUUCUCAACAAGCACAGUUCGCUCCUAACAGCAAGCAAUGUGGCUGGCUUUCUCCCAAUGAUCGGAGAUUUCUUAGUUGAUGCGCACGAGGAGGUUAAAAUCUCUUCCCUCCGUCUCUUGUCUACCAUCAUCAAACUGCCGCUUCCUGACCUGGACAAAAAUUCGCACGUCUAUCUGACGGAGGCUGUUAAACUGAUCAAGGAGGCACCGAAUACAAACACGGAAGCGGCUCAGGCUUCUCUGAAGCUCAUCGCGGCCAUGUUGCGUGAGAGGAAGUCGACAACCCUCAAGGAUGGUCAUCUAGCGUUCCUUCUCAAGCGCCUGGCAUCCGACAUCGAGGAGCCUGAUCGUCAGGGAGUCACCUUCAAUUUCAUCAGGGCUGUGAUGGCACGCAAGUUCGUCGUACCAGAGAUGUACGAGCUUAUGGACAACAUUGCGACUAUGAUGGUAACCAAUCAGACUCGUAGCGCACGAGACCUCGCACGAGGCGUAUACGUCCACUUUCUGCUUGAGUAUCCUCAGGCCAAGAAUCGCUGGGCCAAACAGCUAGCGUUUCUGGCGAAGAAUUUUGAUUUCCAAUAUCAGGAAGGGCGCCAGUCCGUCAUGGAAGCCGUGCAUAUGCUGCUGGCCAAGACCGGUGACGAACUCGCUCAAGAUAUUGUUGGAACCUUCUUCCUACCCGUGGUCAUGGUUAUGGCAAAUGAUGACUCGCCCGAGUGCCGUGAAAUGGCUGGAGUGUUACUCGGAGAGCUUUAUCGCCGGGCUGAUAGAGAGCAGAUGAGCGCCAUUCUCAGACCGCUGCACUCUUGGCUCGAGCAAACCGACAACAUGCUGCUCACUAGCACUGGCCUUCAGGCAAUGAGGAUAUUUUUCGACCCCGAAGUGACAGAAAAGGAUAAGGAAGCUCGAUUUGUGAUCAGCGUACUUCCCAGCAUCAUUGAGCCGAUUGAGAACCAAGAAAGCGAAAACUGGGAGGUCCUCUACUUUGCUCUUCAACUUUUCACCAAGCUUUGCAAAACGGUACCCUCCAUCGCCCUUGCGCAAGAAUGUGCCCCCAUCUGGUCUCAUGUGCGAGAGUCGCUGUUCUUCCCUCAUGCGUGGGUCAAGACAUGCGCCGCCAAUCUUGUUGGCCUAUGGCUGGCGGAUUUGGCCAAGGCAAACGCUGCAUCUGGCUACGGAGCAGUCCCUCUAGUGGGUUCGUCAGGUCUGAAGCUUGACAAGGAGGCGAUGUUGCAAUUGAUCCGCGCUAGUACACGUUGUCUUCGUACGCCAGGUAUUAGCGAAGAGCUGGCCAUGCAAACAGUCCGAAACAUUAUCUUCCUCGGUCGCUGCUUUGCCCAGAACAAGCUCGAAUUCUCCAAGGCGGGACCUGGAGAAGCUGAAGCUGAAGCCGAUGAGGCGAUUGAGGAGAGUGACUCUGGCGAAGAGGACCAGGAUCAGGACAACGUCAACGACACGGGCUCAUCCACGAAGUCCGCCAUUCAGUAUAUCUUCCAACAGGUUUCCCUUAUCCUGCGUCGCGAGACUCUCACGACAAAGGCUGAGUCGUUGAUUCCGAAGACCGCCUCCAUGGGCCUGCUUGCUGCACUCUGUCGCCAUCUCGAUACGGAGCAAAUCAUGCCGUCACUACCGGUAAUUCUGCUACCAUUGCAGCAUCUUACCGAUCAAUCUAUCCCUGCACCGCGUUCCUCGGACCGCGAUUUCCAGGAGGUGUAUAAGGCCCUUGUCAGCAACGCACAUGAAGUCCUGGAUCUCUUGCAGAAGAAGCUCGGAACCACGGAGUACGUAGCGCAAAUGGCGCGCGUGCAGGAAUCGAUCAAAGAACGGCGUGAGGGACGUCGUGUCAAAAGACGUAUUGAGGCUGUCGCAGACCCCGAAAAGGUCGGACGCGAAAAGAAGAGGAGGAACGAGCGCAAGCGGGAGAAGAGAAAGGAGAAGGGUCUUGAAUUUAGAGGAAAGAGAAGGGGUUGGUAGAUGUUUAUACAUAAACAUAAUGUGUCAAUUAUGCUGAGCAGGGCUGGCGUUUGAGGAAAACAAAAUUUUUUAGAUAGAAUUGGGCAUGAACGGAGA